GGCACUCAGAGUUAUUCCCCUUCUGAGAGUUACACCGUCAUAAGGUGCUUGUCCCGCCUUGGACAAAUUGUUAUAAAUUCCACUGGCUUGGAUGAAAAGUUUUCAUUCUUUUGUGUAUUUAUGUCUGAACGAGGUUAUCGGAUAUGGCCACGUCUAGCAGAGAAACAGCAUUAAUCAAGAAUUCGUUGAUAAUUCUACUGCAGGCCAUUGUCGGUAAACAAACAACGGUGGAUUUGAGGAAUGAAAACAGUGUGGAAGGAUUACUUCUUCAUGUCGAUGCCUUCAUGAAUUUAACUCUGGAAGACGUCCGUUACAUCAGUGCCAACGAUAAAGUUGGUGAUAAAUAUUUCGAUAAAUUGUUUAUACAGGGUCGUGAGGUGAGGUUUGUACAUAUCCCUGACGAUGUUGAUAUCAUUUCAUCCAUCAGUCAACAGUUAAACCUUAAAAAAGAUUACCAAAUGAAACGAGCCAAAGAGAUGAACAGAAUUGUGAAAAGUAAGAUGAAGCGAAAAGAGAGAGAAUUUCGUCGUCAAGAGAAGAAAGGCUUGACGUAGUUUUUUCCCCCCAUUAUUCCUCAUAAACACCAGUAAAUAGAUUGUAUUAAGUGAGAUGCUUUACAUACAGGUAACUCUGAAGUUUUGUCUACAAACCCUAACACCAGUUUGGUAUCAUGCUUAAGACUACGGCUUGUUAACUGGACCAUUUAAAUAUUUAUGGCAAUUCAUUAUCUUCUACAAUCUUUAAUUUAAUUCUGAAUAAUGUUUUCAAUUAUUAGAGUUUGAAAAAAAGAAAUGCCAAAAGUAUCCUAAAUUUACAUCUUUCUAAGCCGCAGGGGUAUAUGAAUAAAUGUCCUGGAUGUUUACACUGUAUAUGAAUAUAAAUAAUCGACCCCAGAGCAAUUCAUGUUCACAAUUUUUGGUAAAUAUGUCGAAUAUGUACACCAACAACCACAUGUCAUACAAAACAGAAGGGGCCACAAAAAGAAAAUGACACGCUACAUUUACCUUAAUGUAUAAAUCAUUAUUUUACAUAACUGACUACUAAUAUUAAUUAAAUUGAGUCAAUCACUGUUUUAUUUUAAAAGGUGGGGGGGACCUGUGAGUACUAAGACUAAUUAAACUGUCUUAAUUACCGUUUUAUAGUUUAUAUUAUAAACAAUUAAACGUCAUCCUUUAGAAUUUUCAAAGACAUUCGGUGAGUCCAGCAUGUCGUUUCUUUGUGGUCCCAUCUGUUUUGUAUCAAUGGUCGUUGUUCACUUGUAUUUUCGGCAACUUUAACUUUCAUUUUAGAAAUAUUAUUUAUCAAAAGUACAGAAUACUCCGAUUAUGUUUGUGCUUAGAAGUGUUAACGGAUAGACAAUUCAGUUUAAAUUAUCUUUCUUCGGGGGGGGGGGGGUCUCUAUUUCUGGCGCCUUUUUUUCUGUUCACAAUUCUAUUUCUAAAUUUUAUUCCUUCAUGCGCCCACAUCUGAUUUUAAAGAUGUUCCUCUAAUGUUUGUAUAGUCACAUAUUAACCCUGAUUAAACUGAUCAGCGCUGCUCCCCCCUCCACCUUUUUUUUUCAUACCAGUCUAUAAGGGGAUCACAUAAUCUUAUGUUGUCUUUCCUUAAGACUGGAGUUAUUUGAGGGACGUUUUGGCAAAGCAGUGAUGGACUGUGAGAGAAAUAUUGAAAAUUAAAGCGAUAAUGACCGCGUUCCUUUAAAUGUUUUGUUUAAACUAACUUAAGAAUGGUAUUUUCAAAACUGUUUGCCAUAUCUAUGAAAUGGUCCCUGCCACUUUGUCUAAAUAUACUUGUAUGUAUUUAUUCCAUUCACCACUAUAAAUCACCAAAUUGGUAGAAGCAUCUGAGCAACUGAUAGAAUACUUGGCGGUAUUCGUGCUGACUCCACUUCGGGUUGAAAUCUUGAUGAGGUCGACUUUGUCUUUCAUUUCUUCGAUUCUUCUUUCUCUUUGGAUCGUGUCUGAGAAUCAAACUUCAGGACUUGACCCACUGUGCCACGCCGAUAUCGCCUGAGAAUUGCAUGUAAGGUAAAUCUGUAUGUAGAAUAAUACUCAGUCCCACGUUGAUUUAGCGGGUAGGAAGAAAUUCGUAACUGGCGAAAAUUCCACCGUAAAUAAACCGUGGGUUAUAAAACAUCUUACAACUUAACAGUUGUUCUUCCCUGCAAACAUCAUUGCUUUACACGUUUGUGUAUAUGGAAUUGUAUAUUAACAGCUAUCAAUGAACUUGAACUCACGACUACGAAACGCAUCAAAAAUUUCAAUUAAUAUUUUUAUUAAAAUGUCUAUUUCUUUUUUA